AUGGCAUAUAAGGCUCCUGGGUCCUUGGAAAGCACCCCGAGAGGACGGCAAGGCAGGACGAGGCUGAGAAGCUGCGGACACAGAGCCAGAGCUGGUGAAGGGACCGAGACAUGGAUGCUGGCGCAGAGGCCUGGGACAGACACCUCCUGGAUGAGGACACCUUCACCGAGAACUUCCGCAACGAUGAUUGGCCCUCCAGAACCUACCUCUGUUACAAGGUGGAGGGUCCUGAUCAGGGCUCCGGGGUCCCUCUGGGCCAGGACAAGGGCAUCCUACACAAUAAGCCUGCCCAGGGACCUGAGCCCUCCCGCCACGCGGAGUGCUACUUGCUGGAGCAGAUCCAGUCCUGGAACCUGGACCCGAAGCUUCACUAUGGGGUCACCUGCUUUCUCUCCUGGAGCCCCUGCGCUAAGUGUGCCCAGAAGAUGGCUCGGUUCCUGCAGGAGAACAGCCACGUGAGCCUGAAGCUCUUCGCCUCCCGCCUCUAUACCCGAGAGCGGUGGGAUGAGGAUUACAAGGAGGGGCUGCGGACCCUGAAGAGGGCUGGGGCCAGCAUCGCCAUCAUGACCUACAGGGAGUUUGAGCACUGCUGGAAAACCUUCGUGCUCCACGACCAGGAGGGAAGCUGCUUCCAACCCUGGCCAUUUCUGCACAAGGAGAGUCAGAAAUUCUCUGAGAAACUGCAAGCCAUUCUCCAGGGGGCCUGAAGCAUGGACUCCAGUCUGGCUAAGACCACAGGAGACCUCGUGAACAGCAGAAUCAAGCACUUCCUCCUGGGAAAUGCAACCUUGCCCUCCACCCCCGUCUCCAGAGGGAUCCAAAGAAGCCAGCAAAAGCCAAGGAGCCCAGAGGAAGUUGUCUUGAAAACAAAAUCUGAGUAGAUUUACUUGUCUUGGAAAACCUGUCUUAGGUUCCGAAUAUACAUGAUGAAGAAUGC